AUGUCUAAGUCUAAGAACCAUACCGCCCACAACCAAACCAAGAAGGCCCACCGUAACGGUAUUAAGAAGCCUAAGACCAACAGAUACCCAUCGUUGAAGGGUGUCGAUGCCAAGUUCAGAAGAAACCACAAGUUUGCUUUGCACGGUGACGCUAAGGCUUUGAAGGCUGCCAGAGAAGCUAAG